AUGCCUGUUCCCUUCGAGGCUGUCCUUCACAUGGGCAUGGUGGUCGUCAUGUUCGGCGUCGCCGGUACCGGAUACAACGUCGUUCGUCGACUGGCCGAAGAUGGCAAGCCGAUUCGACACUCGCUCGACGACUGGGAGCGCAUGAUGAUGAAGCGCGACGAACGUCUCACCGGAAGCUUGAGAGGCCAAACUACCAACCCGAUAGCGCCAAAAGAGUUUGCGACCAAUUCCGCAUGGGCCACCGAAAAGCUCUCCUAG